AUGGAGGCCGACGCCCUGCCCAGAGACAUGAAUCUGUUUCGCGCCCCCGCCGCAGCUAGGGCUGCCAAAACCCUCGACAGGACGCUCUUUGCGCGCGUCGUGCCCUCGGCAGCCGUCUCUGUCCGGGAGAACAAGAUGCUGUCCAAGUACAGGAAGGAGCUCGAGCUCACAAAGGAACUGUUCACGCUUCCAAACUAUCAGCAGGUCGCCCCGGACCCGGACCCUGCGCUGGCGGCCCAAGGCAAGAAGUGCCUUAUCCUCCAGAGCCAUAUUAAGCCCCAGGAACCUUCCACUUGGAGCCAGGUGCUUCAGGAGGCUUCCGCGGCAGGCGACGUCAAAGUCGUCCCGUAUGAUAUCAAUAUCGACUACAACUUGUGGAGUUACGUGGAUGUCAUGAGAAGCAUCCUCCCCGUGGAGCUACAAAACGAGAUUCCCACUGGCUUUAACACUGCCGGACACGUUGCUCAUCUCAACCUCCGCGACCAAUACCUCCCCUACAAGCACAUCAUCGCGCAGGUCAUCAUCGACAAGAACCCCAGCAUCCGGACCGUCAUCAACAAGGUCGACAACGUCGGCACCGAGAGCGAGUUCCGCACCUUCGCCUACGAGGUGCUCGCCGGGCCCGACGACCUCGAAGUCGAGGUCAGCGAGGCCGGCUGCCGCUUCCGCUUCGACUACGCGCGCGUCUACUGGAACUCCAAGCUUGGCACCGAGCACCAGCGCGUCGUCGCCCUCUUCCGCCCCGGCGAGGUCGUCGUUGACGUCAUGGCCGGCAUCGGCCCCUUCGCCGUGCCCGCCGGCCGUCGCGGCGUCUUCGUCUGGGCCAACGACAAGAACCCCGAGAGCUACCGCUGCCUCGUCGACGCCGUCCGCCGCAACAAGGUCGCGCCUUUUGUGCGCCCCUUCAACGACGACGGCCACGCCUUCAUCCGGCGCGCCUGCGACGAGGUCCUAGCCGCCUCCCGUCGCGGCGACGCCGCCGAGCUACCGCCUCCCAAGGUCUCGCGCUCGGCAGCGCCGCCCGGCACGCCGCGACCGGCGCCGGAGCGCGUGCCUCUGCCCCCGACCGUGUCCCACUUCGUCAUGAACCUGCCGGCGUCGGCGCUCGAGUUCCUGCACAACUUUCGCGGCAUCUACCACGGGCAGGAGGCGCUCUUCGCGCCGCACACGGAGACGCGGCUGCCGCUGGUGCACGCGCACUGCUUCGCCGCCAAGGCCGACAACGCCACACCGCUCGACGACAUCUGCGACCGCAUCGAGCGCGAGAUCGGCGUCCGCCUCGUGCCGGGCGAUGCCGAGGUCGACGGCCAGGUCGGCAUCCACGAGGUGCGCGACGUGGCCCCGGCGAAGCGCAUGUUCUGCGCCAGCUUCCGCGUCCCGCCGUCCGUGGCCUUUGCGCCUCGCUCGUGA